AUGUCUUUGAAAAUUGUUCUUAUGCUUGUUGAUCAAAUGAUCAACCGAGCUGAAUUUAUUCACUAUAAAUCAUUUCUGCAUAGGGAUAUAAAUCCAUACAACUUCCUUAUGGGUUUAGGGAGGCGUGCUAAUCAGGUCUAUGCUAUUGAUUUCGGGCUAGCCAAGAAAUAUGGAGACUCUUCAACUCAUCAGCACAUUCCAUAUAGAGAGAACAAGAAUUUGACAGGGACAGCAAGAUAUGCAAGCAUGAAUACUCACCUUGGAAUUGAACAAAGCCGAAGAGAUGAUUUGGAAUCACUUGGAUAUGUACUCAUGUACUUCUUAAGAGGAAGGUAG